ACACUCAUCAUGGCGGCGGCGGCUGCCGGACGUAACUUCCGCCCACGGCCGGAAGUGCAGGGCCCUGCGAGGAUGGCCUCGUCGAAGGUGAAGCAGGACAUGCCCCCGCCAGGGGGCUAUGGCCCCAUCGACUACAAGCGGAACCUGCCCCGUCGGGGACUGUCGGGCUACAGCAUGCUCGCCAUGGGCAUUGGGACCUUGCUCUUUGGCUACUGGAGCAUGAUGAAGUGGAACCGCGAGCGCAGGCGCCUGCAGAUUGAGGACCUGGAGGCCCGUAUUGCACUGAUGCCGCUGAUCCAGGCAGAGAAGGACCGGAGAGUCUUGCAGAUGCUGCGGGAGAACCUGGAGGAGGAGGCCAUCAUCAUGAAGGACGUGCCUGACUGGAAGGUGGGCGAGUCAGUGUUCCACACGACACGCUGGGUCCCUCCCAUGGUGGGCGAGCUCUACGGACUGCGUAUGAACGAUGAGCUUCUCAACGCCAACUACGGCUUCAUGUGGUAUACGUAG